AUGGACGCUGGGCGAGACAAACCCCCGCAAACAGCCUUCACAAAUGGCGGCGGCGACGUGCAGCAUCAACAGCUGAACGGCAACACACACUCGGACCUUUCGCAAGUUUUGGAAGCACUACAAGCCAUAUACGCGACCCACUCGAGCAACGACACCCGCCGACAGGCGACGGAAUAUCUCGAGCAAGCAAAACGUCACCCCGAAGCUCCCUCGCAUGGACACACGCUCGCCCUCGACCGCUCACAGCCCGCACAACUUCGCCACUAUGGCCUCACAAUGCUCGAGUACUCGAUCAAAUACAGCUGGGAAGACUUUACCCUCGAGCAAGGGACGGCGCUUCGAGGCUAUGUGAUUGAGCUGGCACAAAACACCUCAGAGAAUGACCCGGUAUAUUUGAGGAACAAAGUCGCGCAGCUUUGGACAGAAAUCGCGAAGCGAAGCUGGGCCGCCGAAUGGCUAAACAUGGAUGAGCAGCUCGUCUCCCUCUGGACGAGCUCUUUACACCACCAAGCUAUCGUUCUGUAUGUCUUGGAAACGCUCUCUGAGGAAGUCUUCAACCGCGAGGAUGCCACGGCGGGCCUGCGAGGCAGCGACCUAGGACGCGCAUGUGUCGACAUCUUCACACCCAUGGUGGUACUACACGAGCAGCUUCCCACAAGAGAUAAAAGCUUGGAGGUACGGUGUGGGGAACAAGGGUGGCUAACAAGACUAUGCGAUAAUCUGGGCUGGUGUCUAGGACAGGACUACCAGAACCAGGAGGGGGUCAGGACAUGUGCCGUCAAGACGAUGAAUGCGCUAAGGGCAGCUAUGCCAUGGAUCAUUCCAAAGGCCAUUGCUGCAACACAGGUCAUUGAGGCUGUCUGCAAAGCGCUGGCGUUGCCCGUCGUGGAGAUGCAACUGGCUGCUAUCGAGGUCCUCCAAGCCAUCUACAGCCGACAUCACCUCCACGACGAUGAGUUUGUCGAGCUAGUAUGCCCCAUGUUCACACCAGGAAGCGUAUCGUUGCUACGAGAGGUGUACAACUGGACAAUAGUGGACAUGGACGUCAACGACAUAGACGACCAAAAGUAUAUGUUAUGCAAGAAGCUGUCAGAGUUGGCCAACAGCCUCGGCCUCUUCAUCGAACAGAAACCUCAAUCCAUUCCCGAGGGCAGCGAUUUAGCCGGCGUCUUCGGCUUCCUAUAUGACAUCAUGCGCAAUCCAAGCCUCGUCGUCUCAAUACCUGUCCUUCAUUGCUGGACGAAGCUGCUGCGAUCGCGCAUCGUUCGAGACUCUGACGUGGUCAACUCUAUGGUCGGCGGUCUCCUCGAGACAUGUUGUGCACGCUUGAUUCGGUAUGAAUCGCUACCCGAAGAUACCAAUGAUGCCACUUUGCAGUUUUUGAACGACGACAUCGAUACCGUACCAGAAAGACAUGCUUUCUUAGGUAACUACCGAAGAUUUUGUGCAGAUAUUAUCGAAGUUCUUGUUCGACGAACACCAGUCGAGGCUAUAGAGCACAUUCUCGGUCAAGCCACGAACAUGCUACAGAAUCUAUACCGCAACCAAGCUCCAUUUCGACCAGAAAGUUUCUCUAAGCAUUCCCCUCCUGUUCUUCAGGUCGAUGCGCAGGUCACUGUCAUUGAGGCUGCAGUAAAGGGCUUUAUGAAGUGGAUACAGGCUCAGGGAGAGGAUGCGCUGGAUGACGAGCGAAAGCGAAACACUGUCGAGAAUUCAUUAGAGGAGUGGGGGCGACAGACUUUACAAGCACAUUUCGAAGACCCAGAAGUCGCGAGGAAGGUCAUCACGCUAAUGUCGACACUCUCAACCAAGGCCCUCGGCGACCGACCUGGCUUCGCGCUUACCUUCCUUGAGUACCUACUCACCAUCCGGCUAGCAGACAACACCGCCUUUCCACAAUACUCGGAUGCAGUCAAAGAUCUCGAGAGAAUAUGUAGUCUGGAGAUGCAGAAAUUGGCAAUGAAGUUCGCCGAUGACUUUAUGAAUGUGUACGACCAAUUAGAGAGCAAGGUCAACGAGAUGAUCAAUGACUCAACUACUGAUGAACGACAACGAAUGGCAUAUUCCGCUUUCCUUUUUAUCAUCAUCCAUAGAAGUACGACACUGGAGCAGGCCACGCAAGAAGAGCGCAUGAGACAGAUGCUGAAUCAAGUGAAAGACGGGUGGCGCAACGAUGAGUUUACAGCGGCAAUAUCUUCCUUCCAGUCUUUCUGCGGUGUUCUUGGUAUGGGUCAGUUACCAGAUUUCCUUUUGGCGAACAACUUUAGAAACGUGCAAGACUGGUCUGAGCAGCAGCUUCCUAGUGAUGGCCAGGCCUUGCAAGCUUCGAUUCUUGAGCGGUCGCAGCACCUUCCACUACGACUCACAAAGACACUGCUUGCGGCCUCAACCGAAAAAUUGCGGGACGGAUCUCCGGCAUAUGAGACUGCUGCGAUCCUCUGGGCUGAGGCGAUACCCGUCCUCCUUCCCAACCUUCUGCAGCUUGUAAGCCACGCGCAAGCAUUCAACGACAUUGAGAGCAACUGGUCACAUCUCCCAGUAGAACUACAACAGGUCAUCCGGAGAGUGCUGACGGAUCGCUUCUGGCAAGCUGGUAUCUCGACGGAGAGUCGAGACGACUUCUUCGCAAGGGUCAGCGGGUCGAAGUCCACAUACGAAGGUUUUGCGUCGACAGUACGAGGAACGGUACGACAGAUCAGGGAGAGCUCGUAUUACAUCCUCUACUCUCUAACACGAUUUCGCGACUUCUUCUACGGCAUACAGGACCUACCAGGUCCCCUGAGCCAAGCGCUAUUUGGCCACGCUGGCGCGUUGACCGCGCAUCAUCUAUCUGUCUUACUAACCGUAUCUACACAUCUCAUCGAAGGGUGUCCAGCCCAGCUUAGAUUGCACUUCUUACCGCCCAUGAUCCAAGGGUUGUUUCGCGAGCUGGAUCGCAAAAUAUCUGCCGAAUGGAAUGAGGUUGCCCGUCAAGUGGCAGAGUCGGGGAACAACGACAACCUGACAGACGAAAUGAAGACGGAGAGCAUUCUGAGGCAGCUCACCUAUUCAUCUGUCUCGCUUGUCGCUGUUCUACUCGACUCUAGGCAAGAGUUGGCCCGACAAGACGAGCACACGCGACGGGACACCAACAGCCCACCCAUGUGCGACUUCAUCCUCUCCACACCCUCGGUCCUCGAACCCAUCCUACUCUUCUGCACCUCCACCAUCAGCGUCCGCGACACGCGAUCUGUCGUAACCAUUGUCCGCGUGCUGCGCACUCUCCUUCCGCGCUUCAAAGAGCCGUCCCCUAUCCGCGACUACUUCUGCAACGACAUCCUCAAAUCCGCCAUCACCUCCCUCCACGAACCCUACUUCGUAGACUGCCAAAAAGAACUCGCAUCGCUCAUUGCAGGCAUCAUCCACCUCGAUGAAGAAAUCCCUCGAAGCAUCAUCUUGAGCUUACCCGGUAUGGGCGACCAGAUUCGUGUUGACAAGCGCUUGUCCAAGUUGAAAUAUGUGAAUCGGCAGGAUGAGCGCAUGCAGAGAAGUAUGGUACUUGAUCUACUGAGCAGCAUCAAGGGCGUUAGUAUUCAUGAGCAGGGCAAGAUCACCAGACCCACGCCCAAGAAGAAGAGUGCCAUGAUGGAACAGUAUAUGAGUGUAGAUCAACAGCCGGAGAUUGUGCGCGGGACUAGUCCGGCGCUCGCGGGCGUUGCGGAUAUGUUUGCGGAAUCUUGA